CUCUCUCCUCCCAACGCGACCUCGCAACCGCGCAGCCUCACAACUCGCGCCGUGCCCGCCGCUCGCCUGCGCAUCAGCCCAUCUCUAGCAUCCACGCUCACUCGAUCGCCGCUAGCAUCCAACAAUGAGUAGCCCCGAGUCCCCCUCUCCCUCAGUCGACCCGUCCCAGCCCCCCUCCCAGGGGCCAAGCUCACAGCCAUCCUCAAGCUCCCCCGACCCAUCCACUCCUCCAACCUCCUCGCCGCCCCCAUCCAGCGAGCCCCCUCCUCCCUCCUCGACCACCCAGCCUCCCAGCUCUGAACAGCCCUCGCAACCCCCCACCUCCGAACCCCCUCCCUCGAGUAGCGACCCCGGUCCCUCUCCAUCUGCCAACCCAUCCUCGCCGGGCGUCACUUCGUCCCCGACUCCCUCUGCCAACCCAUCCUCAGUCGUCGUCCCUCCUUCUUCAUCGGCCAGACCCUCCGCCCAGCCCUCGCUCGUGAUCCCCGGCACGACCCAGAUCACCUCUGGCGUCCUUAUCACAACCACCGAUGCCAACGGCAACACGUACACCACCGCUCCAUCCGUUCUGACCAGCGAGAUGGUCAAGACGGACGCCUCGGGCCGCGUCUUUACCGUCACUGCAGUCGUGCACAACACGGCCAGCAUCAACGGGAGCUCUUCGCGUGGCGGCGGCAGCGACUUUUUCGAGAACACGGGUGCCGUUGCCGGUGUGUUUGUCGUGGUUGGUCUCGUCGUCGCAGCCGGUAUUGGAGCCUUUACCUUCUUUAUGCUUCGCCGUCGCCGCCGCCAGCGUCUCGACCGCGACGUGGCUGCAGCAGCAGCGGCGGCGGCCGCUGCCCAACAGCCGCGUUUCGAGGACGAUGACGAUCACUCGCCCGCUAUGACCCAGUACGGUCAGUACUACGCGUCCAACACGAGCCACGACUUUGAGUCGGCGCCCCAGUCGACGAGAGGCUACGAGUACGAGGCGGCCGGCGGCUACGACCCGUACGCCGCCAACCUCGUCGAUGUGCCCAACCUCCCCGGGGACAACAAUUACCAUGACGCUGCCGCGACAGGGUAUCCCCCCACUGGCGCCUACUACCAAGACCACCACAACGGGCACAACGGAAACGCGACCCAAGACUUCUCGCGCAGCGCCGACUACCACCACUCGUACGGCGACCCGCAGUACGACGUGGCGCACGUCUACGCCGGCCACGACGAGACGCUGCCUACCGUCCCCGAGCACCAGGAGGGCCAGUACCGCUCGACGUACUACAACUACACGGACGACGCGGGGUACAACUACAACGACUUUGACAUGCCGCCGUCGCACGGCGCGCCGCUCGAGCGCCCGCAGAGCGUUGGGAGUGUCAACUCUGCUCCGGUGCAGCACCGCGACUUGACAGUCACGAAUGUCUAGGCCGUUUAUUUGUACAUAUAGUCUCCCUCCGCUCUCCGCACCCCGUCGCUCCGGCAGCGCCUCGCGCAAGAUACCCACCAACCUAUCCACAUCCACAUACACUUCCAUCUCCUUCCCGAACGUCUCCGGUUGGCUGUACGGACUUUUGUUUUCUCCUUGUAGGGUUUAGGCACAGAGACGCGGCUGUGCUCGUAG